GAGCUAACUUCCCUCUGCUUUAGGUAUUUUGAGAAUUCCAUUUUCUAUCUUCUGAGGAACUGAAACGCUUCCUGUAAAGCAUUUAAUUGACUGAGGCUGGGAGUAUUCCUGAGGCUGGCCAGUGGGAAAUGAAACCUUUCUCUGACUUUAUUUUAAAACCCUGACUUUGUCUAAUAAUGCAUCUAAAAACGGUGUGAAGUGACUAGUUUGAUACUUCCUUUCCUGCACAAUCGGCAGGCACGGCAUCUUCCUGUGCACGUCUAGAGCCACAUAAGUUGAGACAAAUUCUCAUCAUGCAGCAGAAUACCAUGUGAUUCACAACGUUUCUUCACCUGCUGUGUUGAAACAAGCACAAGGGAAGGCGCUCGGCAUUACUACUCCCGAGUUUCACUGAGUUGGACGUAUGACAUCAGGAUUGCCUUCAGUCAGAAAUCUUGAAGCGCAGCUUUGCUGGGUGGGUCUCUGAAGAAUUUGAAAGAGUUGUGCAGAUAGGGCGUGUUUACCUUUGUCAAAGUAGCGAGCGUAAUGCCUCUUCCCAGCUAAUGUGCUUAUGUUCUCUGACUGCAACAUCAUAAAGCAUGGCGCACAUAUUAAAGACACUCAACAGCUGGUUCUGGUGGGAGAAUAUAUGGAUGCCUAUCAACGUCACAUGGGCACAUUUUGUAGACCGUGAAGGCCUUGUCUUUCCAAAACCACAUCAGUUGUACGCCACAAUACCGUAUGCUUUUGUAUUGCUGAUUAUCCGAUUCCUCAGUGAAAGAUAUAUUGCUAUACCUCUAGCAAAAGCCUUAGGUAUAAAGAAUGUAAGACGUGUGAAGCCACAGCCUAAUCCUGUUUUAGAGAGUUAUUUCCGGGAGUGCUCAAAACACCCAUCCCAAUCAGAGAUUCAAGGCCUUGCCAAAAAGUGCAACUGUACCGUCCAUUUGGUGGAAAAGUGGUUUAGGAGACGGCGAAACCUCGAGAUCCCAACUGUGCUUCGGAAAUUCCAGGAAGCUUUCUGGCGAUUUUCAUUCUAUCUUACAUCUUCCAUCGCUGGAUUUAUAUUUCUAUAUGAUAAACCUUGGUUUUACGACAUAUGGCAGACGUGGGUUGGCUACCCGUUUCAGACUUUGCUGCCAUCCCAAUACUGGUACUACAUGGCUGAGAUCAGUUUUUACUGGUCUCUCCUAUUUACGCUGGGGAUCGAUAACAAAAGGAAGGAUUUUAUGGCUCAUGUCGUUCAUCACUUGGCAGCAAUUGGGCUAAUGAGUGGCUCGUGGUGUGGCAAUUAUGUGCGUCUUGGAACUCUGGUGAUAUUUGUGCAUGAUACUGCAGAUUUCUGGCUUGAGGCAGCCAAAAUGUUUAAUUAUGCUCGCUGGGAGAAAACCUGCAAUGUGCUGUUUAUCAUCUUUUCUAUCGCAUUCUUCAUCACGAGGAUCAUCCUGUUUCCCUGCUGGAUUCUGCGUGCCACGUUGUAUCAACCUACAUACUACUCCACUACUCCUGUCAUAGCAUAUUUCUUAUUCAACGGGCAGCUAUUGAUCCUUCAAGGCUUGCAUUUAUAUUGGGGUUACUUAAUCUUCAAGAUUUUGAGAAGGUUCAUUUUCUUAAAGGACUUGAAAGACGACCGAAGCGAUGAAGAAGAAGAAGAUUCCGUUACGGAUAAUGAAGAGGAGUCCACAAAGAAUGGCAGUAAGAACGGCUGUGGCUCAAGCAAACAUCUCCUAAACAGCAGUCACCAGUAGCCCCCUCCCGCCCCACCUCCUGCAGCGAUUUCCACUCCGUUUUUAACCCAACCUACAGGAUAGAACUUAAGUCAAAAGGCUUAUGAGAGACUGUGAUUGAUUUAUUGUUGGCUACUGGACCUGGAAUAAAGCCCAGCUUACAGGAGAGGCAAAAAUUGCAUAACAUGACAAAAUGUGUUAAUGGCCCACUUUCUGAAUAGUCGCUUCAUGUUUGAAAAGGUGUUUGGACACACUGACUGCGCCACUUACAGUGCUUAACAAGGUGAACGUGUCAGGUCGUUUAGUGUCCCGUUGAUUCUAACAUGGCUUUUCGAUCAGAUAUAAGACAUAUUUCAUCGAGCAGUUUCAUUCAUAGGUGUUUCAUGGUAGGUAGGUAGGUAGUGUGAACUCCAUUAGGAAACAAAACUACUCAAUAUGGCAAAAAUUGACAGUGGUGUACAACGACUAGCAUUGUAGUCUCUACUCGUUGACUUAAAACCUCAUCAAAAUGGCUAUUUUUUGCAAGUUAGAUCUCAUGUUCUGGAGGCCAGUGGAAGCUAACAUGGAGGAAGCUGAGCUAUUUGCUUCUGAAGACCUUGCCUCACAGCGGAAGUAUUGUUUACAUCCAAUGUAUGAUAGUUCAAAUACUAUGUUUGGAGAUUUACCAGUCAAGAGAUUUACCAGUCAAGAAAAUCACAAAAAUCUGCCCCAAUUCUCCCCCUGAGCUCCAGGUUUCAAAAAUGUCUUUCAUCUCAGUCAUUUUGGCUGUAGGCCCGCUGUUAGAGCAGAAGGUGCAGUGCGGAGAGAAAAUAGUGAAUGAAAAUUGGGUCCUCUCAUGGGUUCUUUUUUACUUCUUAUUUGCCUUUAACACUGCUGAACCCCCUGGAUCCUGACACUUCUACAGCCCAGAAGAUUAAGAAUGAAAGAGCAGAGAUGGAAAUACAGGUCCUGAUAUCAAAUGAACACACAGCACUUUUUGAAAACAGUGAAUGACAGCAGCUAGAGCCAAACGUGGAGCAUGGAGCUGAGACCAUAUAGUGUUGUUAGUGCCAUAAGAAGUGGAAGAACCUCCUCUUACCAAACGUGCUUCAUGAGCUGGCACUCUUGUUCUAAUGCUAGUGCAGCAGUGUUUUUAGUCCUGGGGCUUUCCGAGGAGAGCCUGGAUCUUUUAAACAGAGCAGCGCCCAUCUCAAUUCCAGAUGCGUUUAUCUCCCAAAGUCCUAAAUGAUUUGUCCUAAGUUGUACAGGUUGGAAGCUCUCCGUGUGGUUCUGUGGUAGCUGAGACCAUCUGGUGAACUAAAUCCAGCAGCUUGAUAAAGACCAGGGGGACCACUGCUCAAACAUCCAAGUGCAGAGCUGUUGGUUCGGAAAGGCUCUUUUCCCCUUAAGGCUGCCCAGGCAGGAACUCGGUGACCUUCAGGAAGCACUAUAUGGCUGACUUGUUUUCUCAAGAUUUCCUUGGCAAAGCGGGAUGUAAUUCAGCGACUGAAGCAUUUGAAAGAAUGGGAAGUGUUUGGGACCUCAGAUAUGAAGAAAAAAGUGUUUUCUGCACUGUUACAAAAAGGUGUAGGAGUACUUUGUAAAGGAGGCUAGCAGUGUUAAAAUAUCUGUGUCCGGUCUCUCCAGCUGUUGAUCUAGGCUGUGUUUAAUUUUUUACUUACAUUUUGGACCACGUAAUACCCCAGAUCUUUGUGUUUACCACAAAGACAAUUAUACCGAGAGGAGUACAGCGUGCACUUCUGAGAAGGCUGGGAACUGUGCAGUGGCAGGAGGGGACUCGUGUGCCAGUGCUUGUAGUCAGUGGUGCUGCUCGUGCUGAGCAGGCAGAAUUCCCUCAGUAGUUGUUGCGUGUGUUUCCAUGCUGCUGUAGAGGAUACCUUAAGUACUGCAGUGUGGAUUUAUUGGAAGUGUAAGCACUUAUUACAUCAUCUAAAGGAACUGGCAAGUUUGGCAGGGUCACAGCUGCUUAUCGGGCCCUGUUUAUUGCAUACAUGAAAAGAACUGCCUUUUCCUGAGAAAAUGGAGAACCAUCACGGAGGCUUUACGCUCCCUUUAAAAGCAGUGGAGACAACAACGCUUUCUACAAGGCCUAAUGGGACUUUGGGACAUGGCCAGGGUAUUAUCAUUUGAUUUUGAUGCCAGUAAGUUUUUCUGCUGUGAAUAGGAAAGGAAUUCAUGAAAGGAAACACGAAGAAUGACGCUGUCACAGGAGCAAGCCUCUGAACAACUACUGAGUUUUAAACUGGAAUUUACAGUCUCAUUGAGGCCAAAUCCUGCCCUUCCUACUUGGACAAGUCUCCCGCUGAAGCCAAUUAUCUCUGCUGGAGUUUUGCCUAGGUAAAAUUUUGGAUUGCGGAUAUCCAACGUAAUUACAAGACCCGUUGUUUUAAAUCAUUGUGAAAGUAGGGUCUUAAAGGAAGAGUAAAAGGCAGAUAAAUACCUUCAAACAUAAAAUGUUGAGGCAUGUAUUGGGUUAGUACAGAAGAAUAUGGAAGAAAAUGUCCCGAAGAUGAAGAUUAUAAGUUCAGUAGACAAGUAACUACGUGAUGUCACAGUUAGGGGGUACGGAAGGUAGGGAGGUCAAGGGAGGCCAUUACAGGGGGUUAAUCAAGUGGCCAAGCAAAGCUAAACCUAAAAAUUCUUAACAUAAACCACCAGGUACUGGGGAUAAACACACACAGCACAGAAAGAAGUGGGAACAGAUUGUCACAGCUGGACUGGACACGUGUCCUGUGUUAACAUCACAUUUGUCAUUCCCAAAGUUCCGCGUUUCAUUUUCCACUACAAACUUACAGAAACUCAGGAACAAGAAGCUGGAGUUGUAGGGAACACAGCUCAUGCUAAGGCAGCUAAUGCCACAGUGCUCUGAGGUUUUCAGUCUAUUCAGUGCCUUUAAGACUUUUAAAAAAUCAUUUAAAAAAAAAUGAUCAGUGUCUCAACGUGCAAGUGCAAAAUGACUGGAGGUAAUGUGCAUGUGAGCACAAGGUGAUAGCCUAAUGCAUCAUGUUGACUGCUUCACAAAAUGGGUCCUGCUUUAAUGCUUUGAUGCUGUGUACUUGAUUUUGCUGUCACUUCGACCAUGCCAAAAUAUUUAUGAUAGAAUUAUAGACUGAAAAUGAAGUUCUAGCCCAUUAGAAACAGCAGAAACUCUUCUGUUCCAUGUAAUUCCUCUGAAUUUUGCUCAGAUAUUCCUGUCGGUGUUUACUCUGCCACCUCUGUGCCUGUUUACCACACAGGUUUACCAACCUGCUCUGGAUUUGAUUUGCAGACCUCCUUUACUCCACUAAACUCAUUUUGUCAAUUUGUCUCAUUCUGUAUAGUUAUCUUUUUUUUUGUUCUUAAUGCCAC